AUGCCGGAGUCUCCUGAGCUCAAUGCGGCAGUAAUGACUGUCGUUGACUGUGAUGACUCGCUCAAAGCGAAGAUCCAGUAUCUUGCAAGAGAUGAGCAGCACCGGUUGGUGAAGCCAUAUUAUUUACACUUCAAUUACGAGUCUGAUAUUCCUCCAACAAACACAUCGCCCGAUGAUCGAAUCGUCCACAUCCGUAAUGCUCGGAAUCUGCAGAUUCCGUCGAGAGAGAUGUUCCUUCAGAAGGGGUUUACUCAGCUGCACCUUGAUUGUUCUUUGACACCUGAGGAGUAUUGCGACGAUAAGAAAGUAGAGGAAGUUCUAUACCCGAAAUACAAAUCAGCUGCCCGGGAUUUGUUCCCAAAUGCCGCGCGAAUUGAAGUCCUAGAGCACGCAGUUCGCAAACGUCACCCUCUUUGGCUAUCUGAGAGCUUAGAACGACACGAGCUUAACACAAAUCAACCGAGCGAUUAUGUGCACAUUGUAUACGACUUUCCUCUGACGGUUUGCGACCGCAGCACCGUGGACUAUGAAUCCCAGGCCACUGCAAUGGACAUUGUUACUAGUAACUACCUUAACGAGAAUACCCGCAUAUACUUUGACGGUAGUCACAAAUGGUACUAUUGGCAUGGGUUGCAGGCCGACGAGGUAAUCGCCUUCGUACAGGCAGAUUCCCAAGAGGAGAACCGAGCAGGGGUUCCCCAUACGGCGUUUUACGACGCUCGCAAUACUAAUGAGACACAAUUGCGGGAGAGUAUUGAAGCUAGAGUAUUUGUUUACUUCGACUGA